GUCGUCCCCCUGGCGGAGCUGGAGCCGGAGACCCUGGCCUGGUGCCGCCAGAUCACCUCCAACAGCCCCACCGCGCUGCGGCUGCUCAAGUCCGCGCUCAACGCCGCGGAAGACGGGCAGGCGGGCAUCCAGCAGCUAGGGGGCGACGCCACGAUGCUGUUUUACCAGUCAGAGGAGGGCAACGAGGGCAGGGAGGCGUACCUGGAAAAGCGAAGGCCCGACUGGGGCCGCUUCGGGCGGCUGCCGUGA